CACCACGUGUGGGCGGGACAGUAUUCCGAGGAAGUCAUACAUCGAAGGAGCCAAUCGGCUCAGUGGAGAACCCGGAAGAAAGAGCAACCGAAAAGUGCGCCUGGAUUCAAUUUUAAACAGAUAAGAAGACCCUGACAGGACUGCCCCCCCCACCCCGCCGCCAUGAGUUUCUCUCCAAGCCCAGUAGGCCUGAUGGACAGUCGUAGUGUCCAGGAGCAGAGGGAGAAGUGGCAGAGGAAGAAGACGCGUACGGCAAGAGAGAUGGUCCAGACUGAACAGAAAUACUGUGAUGAGUUGCAGCUGGUCAACACGUACUUUGUAGAGAUUCUGAAGGCCAAAGGUACCCUGAGGCAGGACAUUAGAGAAAGCAUCUUCAGUACGGUUACAUCCAUCUAUUCAGUAAACCAGUCGUUGCUGGUCCGUCUGGAGAAAGGCGAGUUUGGGCGUGGCUUUGAUGACUUCUGUCCUCAUCUGCAUUACUAUGUCACCUAUGUGGACAACAUCCAGAACGCCAGCAAGGUCCUCGCGCUGCAGGUGAAGAAGAACAAGGCGUUCAGAAGGUUCAAGAAGCUCCAGGAGUCCAGACCUGAGUUUCACUGCUGCAAGCUGGAAGACCUGUUACUCCUGCCCCUACAGCGAAUCCAACAGUACAAGCAUUUCCUGAGGGACCUGACAGAGAACACGGGUCCACACAGCCCAGACUUCCAACAGCUUUCAAGAUCAGUGGAGGCAGUAUCCGAGGUGGCCCAACGUAUUCAGGACAACGCUCGCAGCCAUGACAACCAACUCCAGCUACGACGGGUGCAGAAACUGCUGAAGGGGACGAAGGCCAAGGUCAUAGUUCCAGGGCGCUGGUACCUGCGUGAGGGUUGGCUACGUGCUGUCCCCCCUAAAGGAGCCGAGGCCAAGCCCAAAAUGUUCUUCCUGUUCAGCGACGUCCUGCUCCAGGCCAAGCACUGCAACCGCCUCCACCCCACCAACGGGGACAAGUUUGCCGGCCAGAGAUUCUACCCCCUGAGGGACUGUACCGUGGAGAAAGUGUUUGGACACACCAAGAGCCAGGGAGGCCUGCUCAGUUUGACUUUCCCCAAAGCCAAGCUGCUGCUGAUGUCCAGCAAUCAAGAGGACAUAGACGACUGGUAUCGCAGCCUGUCUUCUGCUGUGUGUCAGUUAAAAUCAAGGAACACUGUAAUUCACCAGAGGGAUCCUCUGGUCAGAAGACCUCUACGCUCUAACCAGGACGACAGCACCCCCACACCCUCCACCCACAACAACACCACCACCCCAGGGAGGAAGAGGAUGGCUCCCCCUCCACCCCAAACCCCAGCCAGCACCACCUCCAGGACUCCUGCAGAAACCUUGAGCAGUGCCUCCAAGAGGGUGAAGCUUUCUGAGGGUCCAGAGGAGAGCGCACCUGCCGGAUCCAGCUGUGUGAUCCUGUGAAGGACGGAGAACUUUCACACCAACUCGUCCGGUCAGAAAAGUGAGGGAUGAUGGGUGUGAGGGUCAGAAGGUCAUCUACUGGAGUUUUGGGGUGUUUACUCUGUUACUAGAUUCCACUGUAUCCAUUGUUUUGCUUUUUUAUACUGCUCAAAUCGUGUCCCUUUCUCACCUUAAUCAUUGUGUGCCUUUAUUUCUGAUUAAUGUGAACAUUUGAACACCGAUGAUAAAGAGACACUUUAAAACAUUUUCAUGAUAUAUGCCAAAGGACUUAGAAUUUGUCACAUUAUAUUUUAAUGGUUUAUCCUGAAUAUGCUGUUGCCAUUAUUUUAUUACUAUAUUAAUAAUCAAAUCUGUCAAAUGAGAUACGUUUAGAUGAGUUAAGGAAGUACCAUACACUAGUAUUUUUUUAAUCAUACUUUUUACUGUAAAAGUUUGCAUUCAAUUCAUUUUUCUGAUUCAGAAAAGGUCUAGAAAAUAAUAUUUUCAGUGGUGUUAUGGUGAUAUGUGCAAUACUUUAAGUGCAUGCAAGUCAGCUGUACUGUAUUUCAACACAUCACAGUUAAUGUUAAUUCUCUUGGUCAACAUUCUGAUCCACAAAUAUUUAUUUUACCCCGGCAUAGAGAGAACACACUACUAUCAUUGAUGUGUGAUUUCCAAUCCUUCUGUCUUGUAAUCAUUUUCCUUGUCUAAUCAUGUACUCUAUAUAUAUAUAUAUAU